UUUGACCUUUGGAGGUGCCGCGUAAUGUGAGAUGUUCCAGCGCCUUUACGCAGCGUGGCCGUUCAGAUUCCCGGAUUAUCAAUUUCCCUACAACUCCCAACACAAAUGGAUAAUUAUUGGAGUCUACGAAAACGCGAGAUAAGUUUUCCCGUCUUGGUUUUUAGAGCCGCUCCUUAGCGCGACUCACUUUGCGUUGGCUCAAAAAAGAUGUAGCCUCUCUUCGCCUUUUACUGAGAAGUAUCCGCAUGUGAAAGGGCAGUCAUGGGUCGGCGGAAUGCGUCAGCCGCGCUCCUGCUGCCGCUGCUCCUGCUGCCGCUGCUCGGCACGCAGUCGCUCGGACAGGUGUCCAACCUGACGCUGUCGGUGAAGGAGGGCCUGCCCGCUAGAACCAUCGUUGGAGACCUGGGAGCGGUCCUGAGCGCACCGAGCUCCGGCUUCUUCAUCUCAGAGAGCAGAGACUCGUACGUGCUCAGAGACCUGGAGGUGGACGCGGACACGGGCAUCAUCUCCACGGCGCUGGUCCUGGACAGGGAGAGCAGGAGCGGGUACGAGUUUGUGGCGGCCACUCUCACGGGAGAGAUGAUCAGGGUGAGGAUAGAGGUGGAGGACGUGAACGAUCACUCGCCCGUGUUCCCCAAGGAGCAAGUGGAGCUGGAGAUCUCCGAGCUGAGCCCACCGGGGAGCCGCUUCCAGCUUGAGGGCGCAACAGACCGGGACGAGGGGGAGUUCGGCACCCAGGGAUACAGGAUCAGAGAGAUGGAGAUGGGAGAACUGUUCCGCCUGGAUGCUCGAAUAGGCUCCGAGAAGCACCACAGCCUGGACCUCAUCCUGAACGGCAAAGUGGACCGAGAAAGACAGGACUUCUUCAGCCUGACCAUCGAGGCCUUUGAUGGGGGGGUCCCAGCCAGGACCGGGACAGUCCAGGUGGACAUCCGCAUCCUGGACGAGAACGACAACCCCCCUGUGUUCAACCAGAGCGAAUACCACACCUCGGUACGCGAGGAUGCUCCCAUCGGGUCUGUGGUGUGUCGGGUGCAGGCCAGUGACCGUGACCUGGGUGCCAACAGCAGGAUCACCUACGAGAUCAACCGCCGGCAGAGUGACCCAAACCACCUUUUCUCCAUAAACGAAACCACGGGGUUCAUUCACCUGAGCAAGCCGCUGGAUUUCGAAACCCAUCCGUAUCACGAGCUGGUGGUCAGCGCCACGGACGCCGGCGCUCAGCCCGAGCACAGCAGCACCUUCGUGGGGGUCAGGGUGCUCGAUGUCAACGACAACAGCCCCACCGUCAGCGUGCUGUUCCUCAGCGAGACCGGAGACGCGGUGGUGUCAGAGGCAGCGGCCGUCGGGGACUACGUCGCUCGGAUUUCGGUGUCGGACCCAGACCUGGAGGAGCGCGGGAUCGCUGUCUCCCUCCAGGGAGGAGAUGGGAAGUUUGCCCUGAAGCAAACGGAUGACUUCCUGUACGCCUUGUGCGUCAACGCCGAGCUGGACAGGGAAGAGAGGGACCUGUAUGAGCUGAAGGUGCAAGCAUCCGAUUUUGGAAGCCCCCCUCUGAGCAGCGAGACCCUCUUGCUCCUGAGGGUGUCCGACGCCAACGACUGCCCCCCGGUCUUUGAACGGGACGUGUACACUGUAAGCAUCCCUGAGGACGCUCCUCACGGCAGCUCCGUCCUACAGCUCCAGGCCCGAGAUGCCGACGAAGGCAUCAACUCAGAGGUCAGGUACUCCAUCCUGAAGUCCCACCAGGACGGCCUGAUCGCCGUCGACCCGAACUCCGGUCUGGUCACCACGGCUGCGGGCCUCGACAGGGAGACUCGGACGGAGGUGAGCUUCCUGGUCCUGGCAGAGGACGGAGGGGAGCCACCACUAUCGUCCACAGCUACGGUCACGGUACUGGUGGAGGACGUCAACGACAACGAGCCGGCGUUCCAGCAGCAGCUGUACAACGUGUCCAUACCAGAGCACAUGGACAUCGGGAGCUGCUUUUUACAAGUUGUUGCCACAGACGCAGACAGUCCUGAGUUUGGUGCUCUGCUCUACUCUCUGUCGGACGGCUUCGACAGUCAGGAGAAACAUCCUCUUUUCCAAGUCCAUCCUCACACCGGAGAGCUGUGUGUCUCCCAGGACAUUGAUCGAGACAUCGGGCCGGUCGUCCACGACAUUCUAAUCAAAGCGGAAGAUCCGGGAGGUCUGAGCGCUCAAACGUAUGUCCAUAUUGAGAUCCAAGACUUAAACGACAACCCUCCAGUGUUCAGCCCUGAAGAGUACACUGUGAGCGUCAGCAGCCAUGCACCGCCUGGUACCGAAGUUGUCAACGUUAUCGCCACAGACCGAGACUCCGGCAGGUUCGGACGGAUUACCUACAGAAUUCCUCCAGGAGACAUGUCCAGUUUGUUUACCCUGGAUAGACAAACAGGGAUGCUCUUUUUGAACUCCUCUCUGACUCACUUGGGUGCAGCCAGCAUGAAACUCCUCAUAACAGCAGAGGACGGAGAUGGCCUGGCUUCACCGCGACCUGCAAAAGUCACCAUCAAUGUUGUACAGAGUGCUCAGGCUCCAGCUGUGUUCCAGAGGUCGCGCUACACGUUUACGGUGCCAGAAGAUGCACCGGUGGGAACAUCUGUGGGGGGUGUGGAGGCCAGCAACCCAGCCGAUGCUACAGAGACCGUUUCUUACCGAAUCUCUUCUGGAGACCCUCACAGUUGGUUUUCCGUACAUCCAAAGUCCGGCGUUAUCAGUACCGUUAAACCUCUGGACCACGAGUCUCAGCCAUAUGCCCUGCUGUUCCUUCAGUCCUACACCGACGCUUCGCCUGUUUACAGCACCACCCAGGUCAACAUCACCAUCACCGAUGUCAACGACAACGUCCCCGUGUUCCCCAAAAGACGAGACUCCAUCACGGUGUCUCGAAACACGCAGCCUGGAACGGUGCUGUUCAUCGCUCACGCUCAUGACCACGACAGCGGCGCCAACGGUGCCGUCCAGUAUCACCUGAAAAGCAGCAGAAACGAAAUGUUCGCCAUCGACCCCAACCUGGGAACAGUUACGCUCAAUAAGAGUUUACAAGAGAACCAACAGCAGAGGCACGACCUGGAAAUCUCAGCGAGAGACGAAGGAAACCCUUCCCUGAGCUCAACGCUGACCCUCUCGGUUAACGUCGACCACACAGCCGCGGAUGACAGCCUGGCUUUUGAGACGCUGGUCUACCAGGUGGAGAUAGGUGAAGGCUAUCGCAAAGACUCUCGCGUCAUCCAGGUGAGGGCGCACCGCACCCGAGGAUAUCGCACCUUAAACUCUGGCCUCGCUUACUCCGUAGAGGCCGCAGCUGGGUUCUCUCCACCUCCUUUCCGCGUUCACCCAAAGACCGGCUGGCUGUAUCUCUCCAGCAAUCUGGACUACGAGACGGAGUCAAGGUAUUCUUUCCGGGUGUUGUCCACCUCCAGGGAGGCCUCCCUGGCGAACACCACGGCGACAGCGACGGUGAUUGUGCAGGUGCUAGACCUCAACGACAACGCCCCGGUGUUCAGCAGCGACGUGUACUACUUCACCGUGUCAGAGGGAUCCUCUCCAAAAGGCCUGGUGGGCACAGUCAGGGCCAAGGAUGAGGAUUCUGGGAAAAACAGCCAGCUGUCCUACAUCCUUCUCUCAGACGGGAAAUACUUCCGCAUCAAUGCUAAAACAGGAGAAAUCAUCAACUGGGUGGCGCUGGACCGGGAGCAACACAGCCAGCACAGCCUGAGGGUGAUGGUGACAGACCAGGGUCACCCUCGACUCAACGCCACCGCCGACGUUCACGUCCUGGUCACCGACAUCAACGACAACGCGCCCCAGUUUAAUCAUCUGCCUUCCAGCAAAGAGCUGAAUGUUCCUAUAUGGGCAGGCGUUCCUACAGGAUUCUUGGUGACGAACAUGUUUGCCAAAGACUUGGAUGCUGGGGAGAAUGGAACCGUCACCCAUUCACUAGUAACACUUGGCUCAGAGGAAGACGGUCUCAGACACUUUGAGAUUGACAGUAAAAGUGGAGACAUCAGAACCACGCAGCUUUUCAGUCAGAGCACUGAACCGUUUUACACUUUGAGAAUAGCUGCCAGGGACGGCGGCGCUCCAUCUCUGGAGGAAACGGCAGUGGUUCACAUACAGGUUUAUGGAUUGGAGGAUCAGUACGGCAGCUCAGAGCACCAAGCGCUGAGGUAUUUCUCAGUGAGGGAGGAUGUCGAGCCUGCAACCGUCAUCGGUUCUGUUAGCCUUUCAGACAAAAGCGGAUUUCAGUACACCAUCGCCGAGGGAGACGGGAGCGUUUACUUUGGGAUUGACGGCACGUCUGGCGACAUCUACGUCAACCAGCCGCUGGACUACGAGUCUGGCACGCAGUACUUCCUGGUGGUUCGAGCUGAAGACGCCGGUCCGUCGGCUGGCGUGAACGUCUCCGUGUUGGUGAGCGUGGCGGUGGAGGACGUCAACGACCACACGCCCUGGUUCCCUGAUAAACUGCUGAGGUUCGGGCUGAGGGAAGACGCUGCCGUCGGAUCCCUGGCCUUUGGCUUUCACGCCAGAGACGCUGAUGGCACCUUUCCAAACAGCGCUCUUCUCUACACCCUGACCUUUGAGCCCGAGGUCAGUGGCUCCCCGCCACACUUCCCCUUCCACAUCAACCCACGUACAGGCGCAAUGACCGUCGCAGCACCGCUAGACCGCGAGAGCACUCCCACUUUCGUUUUCACGGUAACCGCCACAGACCAGGCGGAGAGGAUGGAUGAGCGCAAACGGACAUCAGUGACGGUUCAGCUCUUCCUGCUGGACGCGAACGACAACCGGCCCGUGUUUGUGUCCGCUGACUCGGUCCGGCUGAUGGAGGACACGGAGGCGGGGAGUCUUCUGCAUCAUUUCGUGGCUGUAGAUGGGGAUCAAGGAGAAAACGGGCAGAUCUCCUACUCCAUUGUGGCAGGAAACAAGAAAGGAUUCUUCACACUGGAGGAGAAAACUGGCCUUUUGUUUCUCUCUGCCCCUUUGGACUAUGAGACCCAGCGUGUCCACCGUCUAACUGUCCGAGCGUCUGAUCGAGGCGUCCCGCCUCUGUCCUCCAGCCAGACUCUGACGGUGGAGGUGGGAGAUGUUAACGACCAGCCGCCUGUCUUCAGUCGCACCACCUACAUCGCCAGCGUGGCGGAGAAUAAAGACCCUGGAGAGGAUGUAGUCAGAGUUUCUGCCUCUGAUAUGGAUUCAGAGGAGAACGCAGUGGUGUGGUACAGUCUGCUGCCGGGCCCUGGCUAUGAGCUCUUCAGCAUCAACCCACAUACCGGUCUGAUCACCACCACGUCCCACCUGGACAGAGAAAAGGAGCAGCAUUUCACCCUCAGAGUCCAGGCUCGUGACAGCGGACCUCGCCCUCUGUCGGGGACGGCCACGGUCUUGUGCUCCGUCCUGGACGACAACGACAACCCUCCGGCGUUUAUGCAGCCGCUGUUCCAGAUCAGCCUGCCAGAGAACCUGUCUCCUGGAGUCAUACAUGCAGCUCUCGCCUCGGACCCAGAUCUUGGAGAAAAUGGCACCAUACAUUACUCUAUAUUAGGCGAGGAUUACGGAGGCCGAUUCACCAUCGACAGCGAAACCGGCGCAGUCAGCGCCAUGCGGGUCCUGGAUCGGGAGGAAACGCAGAACUACACUCUCACCGUUCAGGCUCAGGACUCGGGUCCCGCGCCUCUCAGCUCCACCGCGCAGCUCCGCCUGGUCCUGCUGGACCAGAACGACAACGUCCCCACCUUCAGCCGCGAGAGCUAUCACGCCUCGGUCAGUGAGGGCUUACCGUCUGGAGCGGAGGUCCUGCAGCUCAGUGCCUUCGAUCCUGAUGAGGGGCCCAACGGGGACGUGGUCUACGCUCUGACAGAGGACAACAGCCAGGGGGCUUUUGCGGUGGACCCCUUCACUGGAGUCGUUCGCACCACCAGGUCUUUGGACAGAGAGAGCCGGGCUCAGUACACCCUCAAAGCUGUGGCAACAGACGGCUCCACUCAGGGCCCGCUGAGCUCUGUGGCAUCCCUGACGAUUCAGGUGGAGGACGUGAACGACAACGCGCCGACCUGUGACCAGAACCCGCUUAACGCGUGGGUUUCCGCCAGGACUCAACCAAAUCAGAUAGUGACCACGGUGGUGGCUGCCGACGCCGACCAGAGCGAGAACGGGACGGUGCAGUUCAGGUUGUCCGAAGAGGAAAAUCUGUUUGACAUCAACUCGGAUUCUGGGGAGAUUUCGCUGAGAAGGCGGGUCGGAGCGGAUUUCUCCGAGAGAAAGCUGCGUGUUCUGGUCUCAGACCGAGGGCGUCCUCCUCUGACCGCCACCUGCCUGGUCUUGGUCCACUUGAAGGGAGAACAUGAUGGACUUCAGUUCACAAACAAAGUGUACAACGCCACCAUCAAGGAGAACAGCAGAGCAGGUACUUCGAUUGCGAAGGUCGAGGCCAGUGACGACACCGACAGCAUGCAAAGGAUUACAUACAGCAUAUUUAGCGGCAACGAGAACGGGGUGUUCGCCAUAAACCGUUACACGGGGGAGAUCCGAGUGCAGAAAGAAAACUCUCUGGACUUCGAAGCGAGCCCCCAGAUCCAGCUGGUUGUCCUGGCCGACAGCGGGCUGCACACGGCUCACUGCAGGGUCUCCAUCACGCUGCUGGAUGUUAAUGAUAACCCACCGCUCUUUGAACUCAGCAGCUACAGAACGGCUGUGUGGGAGGGGCAAAUGCGCAACACCUACGUCAUGCAGGUGUUUGCGUCUGAUGCUGACAGCAGCGAGAACGGACAGGUUGAGUACUCCAUCCUGUCCGGCAACCUUAACGAGGCGUUCAUUCUGGACUCUGUCAGAGGCAUCCUUGCCACCAAUGCUCUGCUGGACCGUGAAAUAACUCCAUCUUACAAGCUGAUCCUGCAGGCAGUGGACAGAGGGAAGCCUCCGCUUAGCAGCAGUGCCACGGUUAGGGUUCAAGUGGUGGAUGUCAACGACAACAGCCCUGCCAUCCCCCCCAUGGAUCCCGUGUAUAUAUUUGAAAACCUACCAGCAGGUUAUGUGGUCACCCAGGUGACUGCGAAUGAUGUCGACCUCAGCUCGACCAUCACCUACAGUUUUUGGGACAACAGUAGCACCAGGGAUCCCUUCGCCAUUGACCGCUACACGGGUGUCAUCACGCUCACUCGACCUCUGGACUACGAGGCGGAGGCGGAGUACACCAUGACGGUGCGGGCGUCAGACUCGCUCCACCACACCGGCGGAGAGGUUAAAGUUCGAGUGCUGGAUGUCAAUGACAACGGUCCAGUCUUCACAAAGGUCUCCUAUCAGGUGGAAGUGUCAGAGCUGCUCUCAGCAGACUCUUUAGUUGUGACUGUUGCUGCUACUGACAAAGAUUCUGGUCCCAAUGGCAAGAUCAGCUACAGGCUGCUUUCAUCUCCUCUUAAUGCCUUCUACAUCCAGCCAGACAAUGGUUCUGUUUUCACCAGCAAGCCUUUAAGGACCAUCACAAACACCAACCGGCUCCAUCUUCUGGUUGAGGCAAGCGAUGGGGGCGAUCCCGUGCGAUCCACAGUCACCUCUGUGGACCUGGUGAUUCUAGACUCAAACGACCAUAAACCUUUGUUUCACCAGGAUGUUUACACGCUCACCGUCCCUGAGGAUACUCCCACAGAAACCAUCCUGCUCACUCUUUCUGCACAGGACGAAGACUGGAGCCCAGAAAAUACCCAUUUGGACUAUGCCAUAAUCAACGGAAAUGAAGAAAAACGAUUCUGUUUGGAAGUGAAAAUGAUUCCCAUUGAAAAUCAAAUGAAAAACGUUGGCCGGCUGGUUUUGUGUAACUCUUUAGACCGUGAGACAAAUGAGUAUUAUGAACUGACAGUAAGUGUUUCUGAUAGAGGAACGCCUCCCCUGAACAGCUCAUCGAUCGUUAAAGUGAUGGUUACAGACUGUAAUGACAAUGCUCCCGUCUUCUCUAGCACAGAGUAUUAUGCACAGGUGAGUGAAAACAGCCAGAUAGGGACCAGCUUGGUCCAGGUCAGCGCUCGGGAUCCUGACCUGGGUGUCAAUGGCCUCGUGCAUUAUGAAAUUAUUUCUGGAAACAGUAAAGGUCAUCUCAAGCUGGACCCCCAGUCUGGUCUUUUGGUGGUCAACCACUCACUUGAUUAUGAGGAGGAUUUAAAAUAUGUCCUCACCAUCAGAGCGACUGAUGGGGGCCAGGCAUCAGAAAACCAUAAAGUGGCUUUUACAGUGGUCUUUGUUGAAGUUCUGGAUGAGAAUGACAACACUCCAUACUUCAUGUUCCCCACAGUUACUUGCUCAGUGCUGGAAAACCUCCCUGCAUUUACUCAUACAUGCUCUGUCCACGCUGUUGACAAAGACUCAGGACCUUAUGGCCAGCUGACCUACUCAAUUAUGUCUUCUUGCUUCAUGGACUACGGCAGUGGAAGCCCAGAGAGGAAGGAGGCUUUCGCCAUUGAUGCCCUUACCGGUGACAUUCUCACCAGACAAACAUUUGAUUACGAACGUGAGAGUGAGUAUUGCUUCGUAGUGGAGGCUAGGGACAAAGGUGACAAAUCAGCCACGGUCAGAGUCCAAGUUGCCAUAAAGGGAGUGGAUGAAUUCAGUCCCAUCUUCACACAGAAGCAGUACCAAUUCAUUCUUCCAGAAAACGCCAAGACUGGAGAGACAGUUGGUUACGUGAUGGCGAUGGACCACGAUGGAGGGCUGGACGGGCUUGUAGAGUACUCGCUUUUGACUGCAUCGCCGUUUUUUUCAAUUAACAAAACAAUUGGAGCCAUCUUUGUAUCUGGUCCUGUAUAUCGCAGGAGAAUCAGCCAUACCAGUGAGGAUCUGGUGGAACUGAUUGUGUCUGCAGGCAGUCCCAGAUUAGGUUCUAGAACAACAACUUGCUUGGUUUUAGUCAACAUCUCCAGCUCAGCUGAAGCACUUAUUGGGGUUCAGCUUGAUUCCCACAUACUUAGCCUUAGUGUGUCACUGUUUGUGUUCCUCUUUGCCCUUGUAAUCUUUGUGGGCUUAGUUCUCAGAUGUAAAGUUAAAGAAACUGCCUUGAAAAACACUGCUGUCAUUACUGCACAGUUGGACCAGGGUACCGACUCAUCCAGUGAAUCCAGUUGCCAGAUGCAAAGUGCUGUUUCCUUGCAGGAGUUGACACAGCCUGUCAGGUUGAUUGCAAAGAGAGACGUCUCAAACCCAUCAGAUUCAAGUGGCCGUGGAUCGGCAGAGGGUGAGACAGCUGAAGAUCAGGAAAUCAAGUGGAUCAACGAGUUUCCCUGCUAUAAAAGAGAUGAAUUCAGCAAACAGACAUCAGAGAUUCCUAACUCUACCUUACCAGUUGAUGAUAUCUCCUGCCACUCUAUUGACAUAGGACCAGAGCAUAUUUUAUCUCUUAGUAAGUGUUUAGCCAAGGGCAUAGCUAGCACAGAAAGUCUCCACCAUUUCAAAGAGGAAGGAGGAGGGGAGGGAUUACUUCCUGCUAUUCUUAGGGUGAAAGAUUUAGAAGAGUCCAUGGGGGCAAAAGGGUAUGUCCCCCUCUCCAGGGCUCAAGCCCCUGCAGAUUCUCUAACAUCACUGGUGUGCCUUGAGGAACCACUGGAGGGUAGCUACAACUGGGACUUCCUUUUAGACUGGGAACCACACUUUCAAACGCUGGCUGCUGUAUUCACUGAUAUAGGUAUGCUGCCCGAUGAAGAGCUUCAGGGAGGCCAUGAGGACUUUGCUACAGAGUCAAGCUCUCUCAUGUACCCGCCACCUCUCAUAACCGGAGUGGCUCAGCCAGGCAUUCGAACUGUUCCUCCAAGGAAGCCUGGACGAGUACCAACCCUAAGCAGGAAGACGUCCUACCCCAAAUAUGCUUAUUCUCCUUUAGCCAGGAACACAGGACUUACCCCUUCAGCAAUGACACCCACUUUCACCCCAUCGUUGUCCUCGCUAACCAUCAGGACCCCCAGCUCCUCACCAGUUGUCUCGGACACUGGAGUAGGGGGGAUCAGACUUGAUUCAGGGCCUCACACUGCAAGUCUUUUGGAGGCUGAAAUCCAAGUGUAGACAUAAACAGUGAACCCAGGACUGCACAGAUCAUUUCAAUUAUUCUGGAGUAAGAAUUGUUGCCAUUUUAAAACGUGCCUCACCAUUUACCCAGCAAUGUCCAAAUGUUUGUUUUCUGUAUAACAGUUCUUUGAUCAAAAGUGACUUCCAUAAGCCACCCAACGGUUUCUCUCUGCAGUGAGCAAAGGACAAGUGAAACCAUUCUAGCGUGGAGGUGCACACAGCUCGAUGGCACCUGCACAGUCCUGCAAGAACUUUGACAUAAACUUGCACUGCCAGUAGACACAGAAUAUCUAUCAAACUGUUCUGGACUGUCAUUUGGUAUAGAAAUAGAGGCAACUUUGAAUUGUAAUAUUUCCCCACAUUUUCUGGUCAUUGUUUUUUCUUAUUUUGUCUCACUGUAGCGAGGGAACUUUUAUUUAUUUAUUUACAUAUAACAUGAAACAGAUGCAUCAUCUAAGUUAAUACCACUGCUUCUUUGCAGAUAACAUAUAUUAUCUGCUUUUUAUUUUAAAAUCUCUGUCUUUUGUGCUUCAAAACUUGCUAAUUCCUGUUGGAAGCUCAGCGCAUGUCUCCUUUGGCCUGAAAGCCACAUAGUUGUUAUUGUGUGUCUGGCCUCAAGGGGGAGAUACUGACGACAAGGAUUAGUUAACAUUAUGCUGGUUUCAUAACGCACAUCUUUAAUAAAUCCGAACUAAUAUUUUCUUAAAGCCUGAAAUGAAGCCUGUUCUGCAUUAUGUUCAUUAAAGAUUCACAAUUUAAAUACGACCAGAUGGUCUUUUUAACCAAUUAUUGAAUGUUUCAGGUAAACAAUAACAAAAUGAAACACUUCUUGCUCCCGUUCUACUAUUGUAAUUUUUUCAUGAUGACUUCAACUUUAACAACCAAAAAGAGGCAACACAUUUUGUAAUUAUGUCUCUCCCUUUAAUCAUAAAAUCAGAUCAUAACUCCACUCCCUCUUUUUUUUAAAAUAAAUAUUCCCUAAAACAUGCCAACAAAAUUAAAUUAUCUUUUUUUUUUCUGAUUAUGAGUCUACUUUUAAUAUUUUUCAUUGUUGAGGGCAGUUGGAGCAUUUAGGUGUAUUCAGACCAAGAAAGUACACAUUGUACAGAUUUAAGAGAGAUAUUAUGUUAUUGUUUUAUGGUCACUGUUCAUAAACUAAGCCCAGAUUUUUGCUCUCACACAUACAAAUCUGUUUGCGUCUCUGUUGCUUGUGUGUGUGCUGACCAAGUGGCACUCCGUUUUGUAAAUUAACAUUCUUUGUCAAUAUCCAGCACUUUGUGUAUAAAUUGUAGAUAUGUUUUGAAUUUGAAUAUUAAUCUUUUUUAAGACAUUUCCAAUAAAGACACUAAAAAGUG